UGCUGCCCCAUUUGUGUCCAGUAUCACUCUGGUCUUUCCUGCCUUUUGCUGGAGCCAGGUGAUUCUCACCCAAGAACCUUGUUGGAGCUGUAUUUGCUAAGAUAAAUUCUCACCCUGAUUUCUCUUUCUUUCAGAGUGGAGAAGAGAUGUGAUCUGUCCAGGCAAUGAAAGCUCAUAUUGAAUCAGUGGUCAAUGCUCUCUUUCCCUGGGACUUCUGUUCCCUUUUUCCUUUCCAGUCAAAUUCUUCGGUUCACUAACAGUUUGUGGCAGGAAGUGCUUUUUACUGAGGUCAAUGGACUCAAAAUCUCCUCUGGCCGCAAUUUCUUGGACGAGCCUAAAACUCUCCACAACACACAUGUGACACUCUAUUUCCCCUUGUGAGUGCAUAUGGAUUUUUUUAAUCAUAGAAUUGCCAAAAAUGUCCCUUUGGCAUAGGUAGGAAUUCUUUUUCCCUGGCAGCCUGGACAGGUAAGUGCACACGUGUAGUCUGAGCAUGUGCAGCAGGGUGUGUGUUGGCCAGGAAGGUGCUGUUCCUUUCACUUUUCAGUGUGACAAAUGCUGUCAGAAGAAAACGCACAUAUUCAGUUUGAAACAACAAGAAUAAUUUAAGAACUGGACAGAAAAGGCUACCAUUAAACCCUAUGGCUAUUUUACUGCUGGACUUAGACAUGGAAUUGGACAUUUGAUAUUCUGAAGAACUCUUUCCAUCUUUCUUGACAAGACUGAAGAUAUCCUUGGAGGGCAGAACACAGCAUAAAAUGUCUCAGCAGAAUUGCUCAGGCAAAUUCUUUUCUGCAUUCCCCUCGUGCUUCUGGAUCAAGUUUCAGUGAAGACGAUGGCUUCCUCGUUGUGCCAAAUCUCCAGAGUCACCACAUCACACACUGGUUUACUCACGUUCUGCAUUAUUCUUUGUAUUUGCAAGGUGGAAUCAGCCCUGUUUACAGUUGUUGGACCUGAUCAACCAAUCACUGCCAUUGUGGGGGAAGAGAUUGUAUUACCAUGCCACCUGUCCCCCAGCAUGAGCGCUAAGAACAUGCAAGUGAGGUGGUUCCGGUCUGAGUUUACAAAUUAUGUUCAUCUGUACCGUGAUGGGAGAGAUCAGUUUGGACAACAGUUGCCAGAAUAUGAAAGAAGGACAGCGUUUUGGAAAGACGGCAUCACAGAUGGAAAUGUUUCCCUGACAAUUCUCAAUAUGAGGCCUUCAGAUGAGGGGCAAUACAAAUGCCUUGUUGAGGAUGGUAUUACUUAUGAAGAAGCUGUAAUAGAACUGAAGGUCGCAGGUUUAGGCUCUAAUCCUAUCAUCUCUGUGGAGGAUUACCAGAAUGGAGGGAUCCUGGUGAUGUGUCAAUCAGCUGGGUGGUACCCAGAGCCCCAAGUGCUGUGGAGAAAUUCCCAGCGGCAUCAUAUACCAUCACUUUCUGAAAUAAAAUCCCAAAAAGAAAAUGGCCUGUUUGAAACAAAAAUUUCUGCUGUCAUAAAGGAACAGUCAAACCAGAACUUGUCCUGUUGCAUCAGGAACAGCCUCCUUGACCGAGAGAAGGAAUCAGCAAUUCAUAUAUCAGCUUUCUUUUUUCCAAGCGUGAAUCCCUGGAUGGUGGCACUGAGCGUGAUCCUGGUGGUGUUGUUCAGCUUCCUAAUCCUGACCAUAUAUCUCUUCAGAGUAAAAGAGAAAAAGAAUGCAGAAAUCGAGAACAAGAAUGCAGAAAUUGUGAAACAGAAGUCUGAAAUUGAGAACAAGAAUGCAGAAAUCGUGAAACAGAAGUCUGAAAUUGAGAACAAGAAUGCAGAAAUUGUGAAACAGAAGUCUGAAAUUGAGAACAAGAAUGUAGAAAUUGGAGACCUUCAACAAGAACUUGAGUGGAGAAGAGCUGUGGCCUGUCGAGAGGACGUGACUCUGGAUCCAGACACGGCUCAUCCCUACCUCGUCCUGUCUGAGGAUGGGAAAAGUGUGAGAUGGACACACACAUGGCAGGAUCUGCCCGGCAAUCCUAAGAGAUUUGACACUCAGUCCUGUGUGCUGGGCCGUGAAGGAUUCACCUCCGGGAGACACUGGUGGGAGGUGGAGGUGGGAGAGCAGGGAUGGUGGGCCGUGGGGGUGGCCAGAGACUCUGUGAAGAGGAAGGGAGAGAUCAGCUUCAGCCCUGAGGAGGGGGUCUGGGCUAUGCAGCGCUGGGGGGGUCACUACGAUGCUCUCACUGCCCCUGAUCGUACCCCACUGUCCCUGCACUGGGUGCCCAGCAGGGUCAGGGUCUGUCUGGACUGCACAUUGGGGCGGGUGUCAUUUCUCGAUGCUGACACCGAGGCCCCGAUCUUCACCUUCCCGCCGGCCUCAUUUGCAGGGGGCAGGAUCCGGCCCUGGCUUUGGGUGUGGGAUGGUGAAAUCAAUCUGAGACAUUGCCAGUGAGAGGGAAAGGAAACGUGCAGGACGGGACCUGUUCAUUGUACCCUGUAGCCUCAGUCAUGCUCAUGUCUGUGACCCUGGAGGACUCCUCUCGCUGCAGACGAUCAGCUGUGCCGUGUCCGUGGCCCUGGACAUGCAGGCUGGGUUUCUUCAUCCUCCGACCACGGUGAGCAGGACGUGGCUGAGCUGGACGGUCGUCUCUGCCCGUGUGUCAUUUGGUGCAUGACCGAGGGGCCCUCGGGGGCCUGUGAGGUCCGGCACUGGGGGGUGCAUCUGCGGGGGGGCGGGGGAGGGGCGGUGAA